CCUACGAGAAGCGCCUGUUUUUCCGAUGAAACAAGCAACAAGCAAAACGCCCGCAAGGCUACAAUUACGCCGUUGCCGACAUUCAAAAGCCUGCGGAAGAAACCGAAUGACGCCCCGAGCGCGUGCUCGCAAGCUGCGGAGCGCCUUGCAUCACCCACAGACGUGACGAGUCACGUGGUAGUCAGCGAGCGCCGCCAUUGGACCAGAGCUCGGCACCGCAGCGCCCCUGCACCGGUUUUCUCGCCUCUCCUCCACUUCCUCCUCGCCAGCGCGUCGUCUGCUCUGCAUGGCCGGCCCGCCUGCCAGCCCCGGCGUCUGCUCCGGUUUUCAUAUUCGCCGGUGGUUUUAGGCACGCGUAUUAGAGACCUCGAAAAUUUAGUGAAACUUAGUGAACCUUGACACUUCAAAAUCAGCGAUACCCAAGGCCCUGCCCGUGCGUUAGUGAAGCUAGGUUCCCAGCAAGGCUACUACUACCGCUGCUGCUGCUCUUGGAACGCGUGUCAAGAUGGGCUCGUCGUCUGGCAUCUGGGUCUUCGGCUACGGAUCGCUCGUCUGGAACCCCGGGUUCGAGUUCGUGCGAAGUCAGAUCGGCUACAUCCGCGGCUACGACCGCAGGUUUUGGCAGGGCAACGACAAGCACCGUGGAACGCCGGAGAAGGGCCAAGUGUGGGGCCGGGCCUUUCUUCUGCGGGAGGACGACGCCAGCGCGCGGGACUCCUUGGGAUACCUCGACGAGCGAGAAGCCCAGCUGGGCGGCUACUCAGUCAGCUUCGUCCAGUUCAGGCCCAGGGACCCUCGAGAAGAACCUUUCCCCGCCCUCGUGUACAUCGCCACGGCCAACAACCCGCUCUACCUGGGACCGGCCAGCUCCGUCCAGCUGGCCGACGAGGUGAUGGCCGCCAGGGGUUUCUGUGGCGCCAACGCCGAGUACGUCCUCAAGCUUGCCCGCUUCAUGAGGGAAGAGGUCCCGGACUGCUGGGACGACCACCUGUUCACGCUCGAGUCCCUGCUGAAGACCAGGCUAAAGGACUCGUGGGAGUUACUGCAGGAGAUGAGCGCCUACGAGCCUCCCACGUCGGCCUGGGAACAGCUGCGACGGUUUUCCCUGUUUUCGGACAACGGCGAACAGGAAGAAAGAGACGUGGACGCUGAGGCCGGGCCCGCGGCGGCGGGCGGGACCAGCGACUUCGCGUCGAGCGUGCCUUCGAGGAAGCUCAGGUGCCUGGACAUGUGAACGGACAAUGUCCUUCUCUGCCGAUACCGGUGACCAUCGAAACUACUCGUGGUCCGCUACACUUUGGAUGUCGAAGAUGAGCUGUCGUCAGGAACUGGAUAAAUAGAAGCCUAGCGGCGUGAAGGAACUAAAUUCUAUUUAUUUUUGUUUCUGGGGGAUGUAAGACACAACUGCCGUCUCUCGUUCGCCGUCCCAGUGAGAUGUAAUGUGUCCUGGACGUGAAGCAUUUGUGUCGGACCAAGGUCUGCUAUCGCGAAAGACUCGCGUUUACCGGUGCGGGACAUAACGGUGUGCUCUAAGCACGGUGCUGGUGGCCGCUUAGUCCUCAGCCCUUCGGCAAUUCAAUGGUCAGUGGCCCUUGUGGUAUACGUGCGUCAGAACAUGUGCCUGUUGGUAUUUAAUUGGUGAGAUCCACAAUCAACUCACUGACGCUCGCUAGUUACCGCGUACAUCAUCAGAACCAAAUUUUAAAAAGACUAAAAGCCUUCACAAACUUUGACUGCUCAGAGCAUACUUUACGAAAUUUUUCUGCCAGUCCUUGUGAAUGCUCAGAGCUUUUGGUCAAGUCUUUACAAGAAAUGCUGUCCGAACGCUUCAUUUCUUUGUGGCUCGCUGUUUGUGAGCGCCAAGUGGCACUCAGUCAUUCCACUAAAAAGACCAUCGUACGUGCACUGUCAUGUGCGAAGCAGCUGUUGCUAUGGUUACAUAACACACAUGUUACGCUGCUAUCCGGUACGCUGCCCUCAGCAGCUAGACGCUUGAGAUGCGUGUUAGAAAGUGUAGCUCUUUGCGUGAAAGAGUACGUCAGAGAUUUGGCUGUCUUGAACCACUCCAUUUCUCAGCAGGACGCUUAUCCAAGAAGCAAAAGCUCAAAUCUCAACAGGUUUCCUCCUCCCCAUCUUUUGUUCUAAAUGGUUUACGUCGGUGGGCCUCACUGCAGUGAUGUCAUGCGGAUAAGUUAUUCUAGGACGUGAGCAUGCAAUCCGUGACCAAAGAUUACAUUGAAACCACAUCAAUCAUCCUCGAGAAAGAGAGCGAGAUUAACAGGUUAGGAAAUUACUACCGCUUAUUAAGUUAGUAAUCUGGUUUGCUACCCUGCGCUUGGCGAAAGAUUCGUAAGGAUGAGAAGUUACAUCCAGAAGCAAUGUGAUGCCAAGCCGGGAUGCAGUUGACCACAGCCUCUUACCUUAAGCCUGUCCCACAGAGUAAUAACGGCCUACUAGGUUUUCAACAAAAGGAAUGGGGUUUCUAAGGACGCAACCUCGUUGUGGGGAACCUAGAAAUCGAAUUUAACACUUCGGAAAGCGCGCGGCCUUACAGCCUUUCUGUGGCGGAAGAGAGCAGACAUCUUUGUUCACAGAACAGGACACGGUGAAUGACGGGGGCCGGGACUGUGCGCUUUCACCGCAUACAUACAUACAUACAUACAUACAUACAUACAUACAUACAUACAUACAUACAUACAUACAUACAUACAUACAUACAUACAUACAUACAUACAUACUACGUACAUACAUACAUACAUACAUACAUACAUACAUACAUACAUACAUACAUACAUACAUACAUACAUACAUACAUACAUACAUACAUACAUACAUACAUACAUACAUACAUACAUACAUACAUACAUACAUACAUACAUAAAGAGCUAGCCGCGGUAAAUGAUCGGCAGGAUACGCUAGAAGAGAUUUUGAAUGUCUCAAUUUCUACUAGCUGCGUCACAAAUGAGACAUCAGUGCAAUUUUAACGUUGAUAUACUCAGCACACGAUCGCAGCUCGAGAUCACAAAACAAACAUUUGGGACCGGAGGCACAUGAAGCUCUUAGUGGGAACGUACAGUUUUAUGGAAAGCACUUAUACAAUGGAGACGUAUGUGCUUAUAGUUACACUACGUCCUCUUAAGAUAGAUGUGGUUGUCCCUGUUGGUAAUGCGCUAUGUGACACGGUAGCUUUUGGCUUUCCGUAGUGAUUCGACUAGGCAUUCGAAUGCUCGACUUAAAAACCGCGUUUAGUUCAGGUGGCCUGGUUCUAUUGUCCUGGCUGCGUAACAUUACAGGUGGGAUGUGGCUCAAUGAAUGGUGGCAGAAGGCUUUGAUGCUUACAGUUGUGCAAAAGACACCGUUUAGUCACGGUUCUCGUUACUUCAAUACGAAUUAAUUUGUAUGCCCCAACACAAGGUGUACUAGCAAGGACCAAAUGCAUUUAGUGUACUUAUUUGUUUGCAGAUACUGUAAAGUCGGGAGGUCCUCGAGGGGUGGGUUAAAUAUGCUGUCAACUUAAAUUUAAAAAUAUGCACCUGACACAUUGAUCUCAACCGCAGAAACUGGUAUAAAUCUGAAUAGGACACGAAUGCUGAACGUUGGUCAAAAGGCACGCGAUGGACCAUGUGAGUCGCAAGGCAAGCGAAUAAGAGGAGCCAAUUGCACAGUGUCCCGGCGAUGAUGAACAUUCAGGCGACAACCAGUGUUAUACUAUGAGCUAUAACGAUAAGUUUUGGUGUUAACGUACUGUAUCCACUAUAAGUACAGAAAUUCGCAACUACAUUACUAUUUUUUGACAGCGAUUUUCUUGGCUCUCACAAAAGUGUUUGUGAGACAGGGCGUACAAGUUCCUAUAGUGGGAUUUCCUUCUGCAUGUGGGUUCACUCGAGUGUGGGUAUUUAUUUUUUCUUAAAACCUUCAGAGCGUUUGUAUUUAUUUUUGGGGGGACUCGUUGAACGAGCCUCAUACAGGGUCACUUAACGCUUUCGCAUUGUUUUCACUAACUCGUUAGCUCCACUUAAGGAAAUUAUUGUCGUAUUGUCUAUGCACAGGGAUCGCUGAAAAUCCCGCGGCACGGAUCGCUGAAUCCGUGAUCUGCUCAGUGCACUUUCUUCGAAAUUGGUUCGUCAAGCAGUGUCGUUACUUGUUCAAUGAUCACAACCAGUAUCACCAUACACCUUCACAAGAUCACCAGUGCACUCAUGUUAUCCUUGCGAAACGAGGUUUCACUAAAUGUUUUCACACGUGACACACAGAUACUGACCAAUACGUAGUUUACACCACUGUGUAGCCAGGAAGUGAUUACUGUAUCCAUCCACCACUCAGCAAAGGGUGACCAUCUCGAAUUCCAUUUGAGGUGUGACCUUUGCUGAUUCGCAUAUGAUUGAAGUACGUGGUACGUACUUCGAAGGCGAAAAUUCAGCAGAACAUGGACGGAACAAGUCAUAAAAAUUCAUUGGAAAGAGAAUGUCGCCUGAGCCGUCGUUUUGGCUGCAGCACAAUAGUCGUUGACGCCCUGACGAAGACGUGUCCUCUUGUCGAAACGCCGCCUACAUUUGCAUUUUAUGAUAAAACAUUUUUCAAGGGUAUACUCGCACAGUUUGGGAAAACAUACGCAUGUGUAGGCUGUGACUAAUGUAUCGAUAGAAUGUACGAGAGGUUAGCACAUCAAAUGUCAUUCGAAAUAUUUACCUUUACUCAAGCACAGAUAGCUGAAGCGUGGUGUACAGGAAGCACGGUGCACUCGUUAACUUCCGUGUUACGUAGUAUAGGUUAGAUUUGCAACGAUACUCAGACGUUGUCAACGCCAUCCACAGUCGUUGCCAGUCCUCACUCUCGCCCAGCACUAUGGAGAUCCACGUGAUCUUUUGUUAGAUACUGUAAGGUAAGGCCAACAGGUUGGAGACAAGAUAGAUAUUGAAUAUAACGCGAAUGAACGGUGGUGUAACGUUAAGAGUAAAUCGGCACAGCAGAUGACUCAAGCUCUUGCUUCCAUCAGCUGUGCGAGUGUAUUACACUUUUCAAGCGACAAGGAAAUGGUCGCAUUCUGCGAACGUUCUGUGAGAAUUGACCUGAUUGUUUGAAGGCUGUGCUGUCAGGAGCUUUGCCUUGUGCGUAUCACGUACUAACCACAGGAUACUACUUUUGCGUUGACGUCGAUGACAUUGGCAGCUGAGGUGGCGACAUCUCUUGACAAUUUCUCUUACUACGAAGCGUUAAAACCCUUUUCAGCAUACAGAGGUGUUUUCAACGGAGGAAAUAGGGAAGUUGGUGUGACUGACCAAUAUCGCCGCUGAUGAUUUUAUUACAUAAACAGUUGUCUACAGAUCAGAGUAAUGACAGUGCUCUGUCCUCAUUGAAUAAACUCUAUCGCUAGAUGGCGCCACCAACUCGUCCGCUCAGGUGUACGUCACCGGUGAUAGACAAUACGUCAUAGACUAUGUCAUACUCUCUAUUGUGGCAUAACUGCGGCAACGUGUAUCGUUGACACUGGAAACUCAAGUCGUCACGCUUCAGGCACGUGGGCAGUCGGUUCUUCGAAUGGCCUUUUUGCAAUGUUAACAUAUUUUGUCAUACACACUCGCAUGCGCACCUGGAUGUGUUCUGUUUCUUUUCCUUUGGGAAACGCACGCGUGGUGUUACUGCACUAGCAGUGCUCGUCUGUGAUAUAACCUUCGUUCCUUUACUAAAUCGCUGAACCACUUGCUCCGCACUAUUGUGCAAACGUCAUGUGUUUCACUGUGGGUGCAUAGUAAUCAAAAAACGCUCUGCUAAUAAAGAAUGUUGCUUUCACGAAUCAAAA